UGUCAGCAAAGGUCCUUCCGCCUUCUCGGUGGUAUCACCUGCUGGUGUCCUGUUCUUCCGGUUGGAGCAUCUCGUGCAAAAAGUUUCGGUGCCGUUCACACUAGAAUGUGCUUCCCGCACUGCCCUUGCGAUCUGCUGCGGAGGUCAAUGCAAAGGUGUACAGUGUGAUCUCUGCCUGCUCAAUGCCUAUUUGCUGGUUGCAGAUUUAUAAAAACAAUGAUUCCCCAGGGUAGGGUAUUAUUGAAACGGUUUACGGGCUGCUGGCACAUAAUGUUUAAAAGGCAAAAUUUGCUGCUUACAAACACGGUGAGUGGUGGGAUACUUUUCGCGGUUGCAGAUUCUAUUCAACAGACAUGGGAGAUCAGGAAAAAUUCUGCGAAAAGUCGAGACUGGCAGAGGACAGGUAGGAUGUUUGUCAUUGGCACUUUCUUGAGUCCAGUGGAUCAUUAUUGGUAUAUCUGGCUGGAUCGGGUACUACCGGGUGCGUCAAUUCAAGCAGUAGUGCAGAAAGUUCUUGUGGAGCAGAUUGCGGUAUCACCCAUCCUUUCUGUUAUAUUUUUCUUGGGUAUUGGCUCCAUGGAGGGACAAACUCUGAAUGGAAGCUGGAAUGAAUUUCGAAGCAAAUUUUGGGAAAUGUACAAGGCAGAAUGGUGUGUGUGGCCACCAGCCCAAUUAAUUAACUUUUAUUUCUUACCUACUAAGUACCGGGUAAUGUACGUUAAUUUCAUAGCCCUGGGCUGGGAUGUCUACCUGUCCUAUCUCAAACACAGGGUAUCGGAAGAUAAAAAAGUGUGAAGCAGCUGCUGAUCCUAAAUUAGAAGAGUUACGCCAAGCGAUGUAAAUGAAGCUCCGGGCCCCUUCAUAUGUGUUCACUGAAACAUGUAGGUCUAAUUAACCUGCAUUUUUUCAGUAUAUGUGAGGAAUGAAUGAAUAGAAUACUUUCAUUGCCUUACAUGGUGGCAUGCUCCCAUUUCUGUGUGCAUUUUUCUGCCUUCAACACAAAACAUCAUAGAAUGGGUAAUAGUGUUUACAUUGAUUCAAAAAGGAGUGCCUUACUAAAAUCAUUGAGGUGAUUAGAGACUUCAGAGAUAUCGACUAUUCUUCACAGAGCUGCUCCAGCCUAAGUUUAAAAUGGCAGUUGGUCUUAGUGGUGUCUGCUGUUCCUAUCUAGAUCUAUUCCAACAUUA